AUGGCCACCGUCCCCCUCGGCUUCAACAUCGAUGCCCCACGCUGGGACCAGAGCACCUUUGUGGGGCGCCUGAAGCAUUUCCUCAAUAUCACCGACCCACGGACUGUGCUGGUGCCGGAGGAGGAGCUGGACCGGGCCAAGGCCCUGGUGGAAGGCUGCAGGGCCGGGCUGUUGCCGCCGGGAAGCAUGCCCAGCCUGUGGUUGGAGCAUCGCAGAUCCUCCCGGCCCCCAGCAUGGCUCGGGACAGUCGUGCCUCACCCUGAGCUCUCAGCUCAGCUCUUCUCAAAGCCCCUAACGGUGCCUGCUGUGGUUUUCUGGCAGUGGGUGAACCAGUCCUUCAAUGCCAUCGUCAACUACACCAACCGCAACGCCGCCUCCCCCAUCUCGCUGAGGCAAAUUGGCGUGGCUUAUGUCACAGCCACCAGUACAGCCCUGGCCACCGCGGUGGGACUCAACCUCUACACUAAGCGAGCCCCCCGCUUGCUGGCCCGCUGGGUCCCCUUCGCGGCCGUGGCUGCUGCCAACUGUGUCAAUAUCCCCAUGAUGCGGCAACAGGAGAUCAUCAACGGGGUGACAGUGACAGAUGGGGACAACAAUGAGCUUGGCCACUCCAGGAGGGCAGCGGCGAAGGGCAUCGCACAGGUUGUGGUCUCCAGAAUCACCAUGGCAGCACCAGGCAUGAUUAUUUUGCCCAUCAUCAUGGAGCGACUGGAGAAAUUCCCCUUCAUGCAGAGGAUCCGGGUUCUCCAUGGGCCUCUGCAGGUGCUGCUGUGUGGGGGCUUCCUCCUGUUCAUGGUGCCAGCAGCCUGUGCCCUGUUCCCGCAGAGAUGCUCCCUUGCGCUGGCUGACCUCGAGCCAGAGUUGCGUGACAGCAUCGUGGCCAAGCAUGGGGACAAAGUGCCGUACGUCUAUUUUAACAAGGGACUGUGA